AGAGAAAGAGGCAUAGCUUCGGAGAUUGAGUUAAACCUGUUACAAAUCCCGGUAGAGUCAAUGAAUCUAUCCGUACGAACAUUUCCGCCUUGCGGUGACGACAAAGAAUGAAAGUGAGGAUAAGAAGAGAAAAAGAGAUAAACAACGAUGAGAAAGCGAAAGAAACGAUAUGGGGGUGGUUGCAAAGGUUUUCCCAGGACGUACCCACGAUCCUCAUUAAGUAUGGAAGAGCGUAGAUCUCGAUUGAAAUUGAGAUGAAUCGCUUCGUGGAAUGUCAGGAUUGGCCCCGGUUGGGGGUGGGUGUUUUUUCAGUUGAACUUUAUUUCGAAUGAAAUCGAUACUGUCAAGGAAAGGGAGAAGAAAAAUAAAGUUUACUCCAUGGAGGCGACAAUUGGAUGAAAAAGAAAAGAGAAAGGAAAAAUAGAGUGGUGUAAGGUAGCUUGCACCCCUAUAAAACCAGCGACUGAACACCGUAUCGACAUCAUUCGUCGACAACGUUCCGCGAUAACGUGCACUCAAACGAAGCGAUGAUCGGUUCCGUCGCGUUUCUGUCUUUCAACCGCCUUAUGACCAUCGCAGUUUGCGUACUGCUAUGUGUGGUCUUUUUGGUGUCCUGCGCUUCCGGAGAAUACGAAGGUAGAGAUUCCUCGAGUAGUACGAGCAAUGACAGAGCACCGAGCAACGAGUUCGGCUCGUGCAGCGACGGCAAGUGCAUCAAACGUACCUCGCAGGAUAUCACCAGCGGUAUGUGGUUUGGCCCACGAUUGGGACGACGACGCAGGGCGGACAGAAAACCGGAGGUCGAUUCUGACAUUGAAACUCUGGCCAACGCGCUCGAUGGGUCACGUUGGGCCGUCAUCACGAUUCCAGGAUCAGAUAGGCGUCAAGCAACGCAGUUCACACCCCGUUUGGGAAGAGAAUCAGGUGAGGAAUAUUUCUCAUACGGGUUUCCAAAGGAUCAGGAAGAAUUGUACGCGGAGGAACAAAUUUUCCCACCUUUGUUUGCACCACGUUUAGGACGUAAAGUACCUUGGACACCUACUCCGAGGCUUGGACGUCAGUUACACAAUAUCAUUAAUAAACCUAGACAGAACUUCGAUGAUGCACGCUUUUAAGACUGGUUCGACCUGCUGGAUGAUUAAUAGCUAAUGAUAUAGUGUAAUUAAGACCAUAUUUAAGAAAAUAAAGUACUUGUAUUUAUUUGUAUUAUAAUCGAGGAAUGCUCGAUAUUUUUCCUGUUUCAUUAGUUUUUAUUUUUAUUCUUUCUCUUUUCUUUGUGAAAUGAAGGUCGGUUUUCCAUGUAAUUGAGUAGAAGUUAGGUUAAGCUUGAGGUAAUGGGCUAGUAUACGUAU